CGUCGAGUGAGCGCUAUCCUAACAGACAAGGUUCGGGGAUUAUAAUUCCAUCUAGCUGUUCGUGGUCAGGCUGUUGUAAACAUGGCGGCUGCUGUAGGAAGAGCUCUGUCCUUCAGUAGAAAUGUUAAGGAGCUGGUUUCACCUUUGAGGUUUAUUGCGGCACCGGUUCACCGCUACAGUAUAGAGGUUUCAAGUACCGGGGAACCUAUAACUCACACAGGCCAGGUGUUUGAUACAAACGACACGAGGAGAGUCAGAUUCACUGGGAAGCAGAAAGAGGUGAAUAAGAACUUUGCCAUUAUGCUCGUGGCAGAAGAACCCGUGAAGCACGUUGAGACCAGGGUGGUGUCUUGUGAUGGAGGUGGCGGAGCUCUUGGACACCCCAAAGUUUAUAUAAACUUGGAUAAGGACACUAAAGUGGGCACGUGUGGCUACUGUGGACUGCGGUUCCAGCAGAACCAUCAUCACUGAAACGUUGACCCCCCCCCCCGGCUUCUCUGUAUAAACGACAACAUUGGUUAAUAAAUUGUAUCUCACCUGCUCAUUUCAGUUCUCGUUGCCGUGGUAACGCCUGAUUUGACAAACAGGGAUAGCGUUGUUUUCAGCUGAAAUAAAUAAGUGGCUCUAUGUACAGAA